GUCAGUAGUGCAGGAGCAUACAGAGCGAGCAGUGCAUCUCUACAGGAUAAUACACAGGCUGUGACGGCACUGCCAAGCGCAAGGGCGAAUGAAGAAAAUAAAGCCUUCCCCAGGGGUAAAAGUACUGGGGCAGUACAGGUUGCAUACGGGACAACUGAAUUGCUGCGCUGGAUAAGAAGUCUGUUCAGUUCUAGCGAAAGUAGAGAACAGCACCAGCAUGGGGUCAUUGACCAACAGCAGCUAUAACAGCACGGUGGACAAUAUGACAACAAGCAGUGAAAAUGAUAGGCCAGGGGAAGCUUGGAUUGUGGGCAUGGGCAUAUUGAUGUCCAUCAUAGUUCUGGUCAUCGUGUUUGGCAAUGUACUGGUGAUAACUGCUAUUGCCAAGUUCCAGAGGCUCCAGACGGUGACCAACUAUUUCAUCACCUCCUUAGCCUGCGCUGACCUAGUGAUGGGGCUGAUAGUGGUGCCCUUUGGAGCCAGCUCUGUUAUGCUCCAUACUUGGGAGUUUGGAAACUUCUGGUGUGAGUUCUUCACCUCGGUGGACAUUCUGUGUGUCACUGCUAGCAUAGAGACUUUAUGUGUUAUCGCAGUGGAUAGGUAUUUUGCCAUCACCUCUCCAUUUAGGUAUCAAAGCCUGCUGACCAAAUGCAAAGCCAGGAUUGUUAUCCUUCUUGUUUGGGUGGUUUCAGCGCUCACCUCUUUUCUCCCUAUUUACAUGCACUGGUAUAGAACUGACAAACCUACAGACAUAGCCUGCUACAAUGAAGAAACAUGUUGCUUCUUCUACACCAAUCAAGCCUAUGCCAUAUCAUCCUCCAUCAUCUCUUUUUAUCUACCCCUGAUGGUUAUGGUGUUUGUCUAUGCCAGGGUCUUCCAGGUGGCCAAGAAACAGCUGAAAAAAAUAGACAAAUGCGAGGGGAGGUUCCACAACCAGAACAAUUUACAGGACGUGAAUGGCAAACAGGGUAACAAAAGGACCUCCAAGUUUUGUUUGAAGGAACACAAAGCACUUAAGACUUUGGGCAUUAUAAUGGGCACUUUUACCCUGUGUUGGCUCCCUUUCUUCAUUGUCAACAUCGUCCAGGUGAUCACCAAGGGCGUGAUCCCCAACAGUGCUUACACCAUAUUGAACUGGCUGGGAUAUGUUAACUCUGGGUUUAAUCCACUCAUAUACUGCAGGAGUCCAGACUUCAGAUAUGCAUUUCAGGAGCUCCUGUGUUUGAGAAAACCUGGCUCCAACCUAUAUGCUAAUGGCUACCCUCAAAGCAAUGGAAACAGUGUGUACAACGAAGAAACAGAUGGUGGUCAGAUCGAGAAAGAUAGGACUUUCGAAGUAUUAUAUAAAGAGGAGAAGUCUCCCCAGGAAUCCCUUUUAAACUGUGAAAGUACUAAGCUAGAUUUUAGCAUUGAACCCCUUGGCAAAAACCAUAACACGCAAGAUGAUUGCUUAUUAUAGGAUGUUACAAAAACUGGAUAAUUGCAAUACAAUGGUCAAUCAACUGUUUUAAUGUAUGAUCCUAAGGAAAUUAAUGUGUUUAUAUAUAAAUAUAUUUUUGCAGAUGGGCGGUGCCCAACUCCUGCAGGAUGCGUAAAGUUAAUAGUGUUUCUUUCUGUAUAGUUUCAGUUCUACUUAAAUUAAGGUAAGAUAUAUUUACUAAACUGUUAUGGCUUUUAUUGUUAAUGACAUUUUUAUUAUUUUAUGGAAAAAAAAACAAUCUACCUCAUGGACCUAAA